AGGAAACAAUGUUCUCAUUGGUAGAUUAGUAGCAGUUAAUCUCAGCUGGAUGGAAUUUCAUCUUGUUAUUUUUGAGAAGUGAUUGAACUGGCUGUAUGCCUGUUGGUAUUUAAGCAGUUCCUCAGCUUAGUGGGUAGCACUUUUUAUGGCUGGAUUUCCCUAAAACUAAGAUGGAUUACAAAGCCCAGGGCCCCUUCCCUGAAGAGUGCAGAGUUGCUAUUAACAGAGUAGCAUCUUAUGAGCUGCAUGUCAGUGAUGCUUAUUUAUCCAUGGCCUGUUAUUACGAUGAAGAGAUAGGAAUGCCUUCUUUUGUCACCUUCUUCAAGGAGCAGGCUGAGGUGAAAAGGGAGCAUGCGAAGCAGUUCCUGAGGUAUCUAAGAAAGCGUGAGGGGAUUAUCUGUCUUCCAACCAUUAAGAGGCCUGACAUAGAUAACUGGGGAAGUGGGAGGCAAGCCCUAGAGUCUGCUCUGCAGUUGGAGAACGAACUAAGCAAGGUCCUACAAGAUCUGAAGAUCUCUGCUUCUGAGAAUAGUGAAAGGGACGUAAGUAAUUAACUGGUUCUGACAAGUAGUGUUAUCUUUCACUUCUGGAUUAUGAUUCGUUUCUGGAAAAUGGAACCAAGCAGUGGUUUACCCAACAUGUGCUUAUUUCCCUCCCGGGGAAUAUGGACCUUAUUUCUGGGAGUGGGUUGAGGGUGAGGGAACAAGUGUUCUGGUAAGAAAGAAGAAGAUUCAACACAAGAUG